AUGUUACGCCUCGGUCUCAGUUCUAGACGCGAUUCAAAACCAAUUCCUUCACCAUGCUUUCAUACCCUUCAUUUAGUUUGGAAGGGCGGUUGGAUUUUUGGGUUUACCAGUGAAUAUGCAAGUACCCCCAUUCUAGCCGCAUCCAGAGAUUUCCAUUUCUCUACUGCCACGUCCAGUCGGGCCAUUCCAUCUAAUAAGGCUCAACUGAAAAACAUUGACUUUGGAAAGCAACCGAUGCUCACUUCUCCUGUUUGCCAGCUUUUUAAAGAACCGGACAUCUGUUUAAUUAUAUCAGACGAUGACUCCAAUGAAGAAGAGAAAAUCAAGAUUAACAAAGGAAAUAAAAACAAAUGCUCUUCUUUCUAUCUGCCAGAAGAGGCGCUUGGUUCUUGUAAACAGAAGAAUGCUUUUCGCAAAGUCUUGGAAUAUUGCUUGUCGCCAGAGUUAGCUGAAUCCAACAUAACCACUGGAGACAAGAAUAACCAGGACGUAGGAUAA